GCAUGUGCUCUGCGUUGCAGCUGUGUUUGCAAAGCAGGAUACAAAGGGGAUGGAAGCCUCUGUUCAGAAAUGGACCCUUGUGCAGAAAUCACGCCGGGGGGCUGCAGCCGAAAUGCGGAGUGUGUCAGCACGGGCAUGGGGACCCACACAUGCGUGUGCCAGCAGGGAUGGACCGGGGACGGCCGAGACUGCUCGGAGAUCGACAAGUGCCUGCUGGCCAGCACCGGCGGCUGCCACGCCAACGCAACCUGUUUGUACAUCGGCCCCGGGCAGAAUGAGUGUGAGUGCAAGGAAGGAUUUCGAGGCAAUGGGAUUGAUUGUGAAGCAGUAACUUCAUGCUUGGAACAAACUGGGAAAUGUCAUCCACUGGCAACCUGUCAGUUUACUUCUGGCCUCUGGAGUUGUGUUUGCCAGGAGGGCUAUGAAGGAGAUGGCCUUCUGUGCUACGGAAAUGCAGCCGUGGAAUUGUCAUUUCUCUCUGCAGCAGCUAUAUUUAACCAGUGGAUAAACAAUGCUUCUCUACAACCCAUGCUGUCAGCUGCCUCAAACCUCACUGUCCUCGUGCCUUCCCAGCAAGCUAUUGAGGACAUGGAUCAAGAUGAAAAAACCUUUUGGUUGUCCAAGAGCAAUAUUCCAGCCCUAAUAAAAAACCAUAUGCUGCUGGGCACAUACAGAGUGGCAGAUCUGCAGGCUCUGUCACCUUCGGACAUGCUGGCAACGUCUUUGCCCGGUAACUUCCUUCACCUGGCGAAGGCAGAUGGGAAUGUCACGAUCGAAGGGGCAUCUGUAGUUGACGGUGAUAAUGCAGCCACAAACGGCCUGAUACACGUCAUCAACAAGGUUCUGGUUCCCCAAAGAAGCCUAUCUGUCUCCUUGCCAAACCUGCUCACCCGGCUGGACCAGAUGCCCGACUAUUCCAUCUUCCGGGGCUACGUCAUUCAAUAUAACCUGGCCAGUGCGAUCGAGGCAGCCGACGCUUACACAGUGUUUGCUCCAAACAACGAGGCCAUCGAGAAUUACAUCCGGGAGAAGAAGGUCACAACUCUAGAGGAGGAUGUACUCAGGUAUCAUGUGGUCUUGGAGGAGAAACUCUUGAAGAAUGACCUGCACCACGGCAUGCACCGGGAGACCAUGCUGGGCUUUUCCUACCUCCUCGGCUUCUUUCUCCAUGAUGAGCAGCUCUACGUAAAUGAGGCCCCGAUAAACUACACCAAUGCGGCCACUGACAAGGGAGUGAUCCAUGGCUUGGGGAAAGUUCUGGAAAUUCAGAAGAAUAGAUGUGAUAAUAACGACACUGCUAUUGUACAAGGAAAAUGUGGCAAGUGUCUCCAGCAGCCAGUCUGCCCGUUUGGAACUAAACAACUAGGUGAAGAGAUAAGGAGAUGUAUCUAUACCAUUUAUUUCAUGGGCAAGCGAACCCUGUUCAUUGGGUGCCGGGCAAAAUGCGUGAAAACCAUCAUUACGAGAGCAUGCUGUGCGGGCUUCUUUGGUCCCCAGUGCCAGCCCUGCCCUGGGAAAGCCGGGAACGUCUGCUUUGGAAACGGGAUCUGCUUGGACGGGGUGAAUGGCACGGGUGUGUGUGAGUGUGGAGAGGGCUUCGUGGGCACAGCCUGUGAGACCUGCGCCGAGGGCAAGUACGGCGCCCACUGCGACCAAGUGUGUUCUUGUGUCCAUGGGAGAUGCAACCAAGGACCCUCAGGCGACGGUUCCUGCACCUGUGACCUUGGCUGGCGAGGAGUGAGAUGCGACACAGAGAUCACGAAAGACGGCUGCAAUGGGAUGUGCCACACCAGUGCCAACUGCCUUCUCAAUCCGGACGGCACAGCCUCGUGCAAAUGCGCAGCAGGAUUCCAAGGGAAUGGAACGGUGUGCACAGCCAUCAACGCCUGUGAGACCAGCAACGGAGGUUGUUCUGCCCGGGCUGACUGCAGGAGAACCACCCCCGGGAGCCGGCGGUGUGUGUGUCGGGCAGGCCACACGGGCGAUGGCAUCGUGUGCCUCGAGAUCAACCCAUGUUUGGAGAACAAUGGUGGCUGUCACAAGAACGCAGAGUGCACACAGACGGGACCCAACCAGGCGGUCUGUAACUGUUUGCCCAAAUACACUGGAGACGGGAAGGUCUGCACGCUCAUCAACACCUGCUUAACCAGAAACGGCGGCUGUAGUGAAUUUGCUAUCUGCAAUCACACUGGGCCAGAAGAACGGACGUGUACUUGCAAGCCCAACUACAUUGGGGAUGGGUUUACCUGCCGUGGCAACAUCUACCAGGAGCUUCCCAAGAACCCAAAAACGUCCCAGUACUUCUUCCAGUUGCUGGAGCAUUCUGUGAGAGACCUGAGUGGUCCAGGCCCCUUCACCAUCUUUGCACCUUUAUCUGCAGCCUUUGAUGAGGAACCUCGGAUUAAAGACUGGGACAAACAGGGUCUCAUGGCCCAGGUUCUUCGCUAUCAUGUGAUUGCCUGUCACCAGCUGCUUCUAGAAAACCUGAAAUUGAUCCCAAAUGCUACUUCUCUCCAAGGGGAGUCAGUGGUCAUCUCCGUCUCUCAGGACACAGUUUAUAUAAAUAAUAAGGCUAAGAUCAUAUCCAGUGAUAUCAUCAGUACCAAUGGAAUCAUCCACAUCAUAGACAAAUUGCUGUCUCCCCAAAACUUGCUUAUCACCCCCAAAGGUGCCUCUGGAAGGAUUCUGCAAAAUCUUACGACAGUAGCAACAAACCAUGGCUACACCAAAUUCAGCAACCUACUACAGGAUGUGGGCUUGCUGGGCGUCAUCACUGACCCUAUCCACACUCCGGUCACUGUCUUCUGGCCCAGCGACCAAGCCUUGCAAGCCCUACCCCCCGAACAACAGGAUUUCCUGUUCAACCAAGACAACAAGGACAAGCUGAAGGAGUAUUUGAAGUUCCACGUGAUUCGAGAUUCCAAGAUUUUAGCGGUGGAUCUCCCCAGGGCCACUGCCUGGAAGACCCUGCAAGGCUCAGAGCUGGGUGUGACGUGCGGAGCUGGCGGUGACAUCGGCGAGCUCUUCCUGAAUGACCAAACAUGCAGAAUUGUGCAGCGAGAACUCUUGUUUGACCUGGGUGUGGCCUACGGCAUUGACUGCUUCCUGAUUGACCCCACCCUCGGGGGUCACUGUGACACUUUUGCCACAUACAAUUUUUCGGGAGAUUGUUGGAGCUGUGCCAAUACCCCCAGCUGCCCGAGGUGGAGUAAACCAAAGGGCGUGAAGGAGAAGUGUCGAUACAACAUGUCCUUCAAAGGGUACCUGGAAGGCUGCCGGGAGCAGUGCACCAUGGUGAUACGGCUCCCCAGGUGCUGCAAGGGCUACUUCGGGCGAGACUGUCAGGCCUGCCCUGGAGGAGCGGAUGCGCCCUGUAAUAACCGUGGUAUCUGCCUCGAUCAGUACUCGGGUAUAGGCGAGUGUAGAUGCAACACGGGCUUCAACGGGACGGCGUGCGAGCUGUGCCUGCCAGGGAGAUUCGGGCCUGACUGUCAGCUCUGCGGCUGCUCAGCCCACGGACAGUGUGAUGACGGCACCACGGGCUCCGGGCAGUGCUUCUGUGAAACGGGGUGGACGGGCCGCUUCUGCAACACUCAGACAGCCUUGCCCCCCGUGUGCACGCCUCCUUGUUCUGUUCACGCCACGUGUAAGGAAAACAACACGUGUGAGUGUAACCUGAGUUAUGAAGGGGACGGAUUCACGUGCACAGGUAGGUGCCGUUGGGGCGCGUGUGAAAUAGAGCGGGGCAGGAGCAGAACGGGACUUGGUCAGAAAUGUGUCUUGUGCUGCCCAUCGGUAACAAUAGGCCUGACACCCGGGCUGCAGGACCUGGGAGAAACUGAGCAACUUCCUUUCAUAGAGGGGUUGCCCACAUGGGGCAAAGAGGCAGAUGGCCACAGAUCUCCACCAGCCCCCCUCUCAUUUCCCCAGGAGACCAGGUUUGUUGAUGGAAGAGCCAUUCUGCAGUGGGACAUCUUUGCCUCCAAUGGAAUCAUUCAUGUUAUUUCCAGGCCUUUAAAAGCACCCCCUGUCCCACUGGCUUCAGUGCACACCGGCAUGGGAACAGGGAUAUUCUUUGCCACCGUCCUGGUCUUUGGAGCUGCCACUUUGGCUGCAUAUUCUUACUUUCGGCUAAACCGAAGAACAGUUGGCUUCCAGCGUUUUGAGUCGGAGGAGGAUAUCAACGUCGCGGCUCUUGGCAAGCAGCAGCCUGAGAAUAUACCAAACCCCUUGUAUGAGAGCACCCCAUCCGCUGCCCCAGAGCCUUGCUGCGACCGCUUCGUGGACGCCGAAGACCAGCAGCUGGACAACAGUGACCCCCUGGGGGCGCUGUGAGGGCCCAGACCUGCUGCGGCCAGCCACCCCCCUCGGCCAUCUGCCCACCUACCCAAGCCUCCUCAAAAAGGCUGUCAACUGUGAAUCCUCAGCACCAGUUGCCUUUUGGAAAGUAAGGUCCUUUCACACUUUAAAGUAUGAAGCACUCAAGCCAUACCUCAUCUCUUUGGUUAAUCUGGGGGAUUACUUUGUUUCUGUGGGUGAGGGGCCGUGUUAAACCUACCCACCAACCCCGGGGGACUAUCCCUCCACUGUCCUUCCUUUGUACCUUUAGACGGCACUUAAGUACGUUCUCCCCAACACUAUAACCUUAUCUCCUUUCCCUGUUAGAUUGUAAGCAUCCAAAGGCAGGGACCUGCCUCAUUCAUCUUUGUAUCUCGGGGUCUGGUACAUGCAAUGUGCUCAAUAAAUGUUUAUGGAAGAGAAUUAAAGUCAACGGAACAAAUCUGGUGUUUGGGGAAACAAAAAUACUGUUUGCCACAGGAAGGGUCAAAGUUUGAAGGUAAAAUCCACUUACUGGGGCUAAUUAGGGCCUUUUCAUUUAGCCAACACCUGCCUUAUAAAGUCUUCUUUCUCAA